AUGACGCAUGAACAACCAUUCCCGUCGCCUUCACAUCCCCCUCCCCGUCUCUUUCACUUCCCCCUCCCGUCGCCUCCACAUCCCCCUACCGUCGCCUUCACUUCCCCCUCCAGUCGCCUCCACAUCCCCCUACCGUCGCCUUCACUUCCCCCUCCCGUCGCCAUCACAUCCCCCUCCCGUCGCCUUCACAUCCCCCUCCCGUCGCCAUCACAUCCCCCUCCCGUCGCCUUCACAUCCCCCUCCCGUCGCCUUCACUUCCCCCUCCCGUCGCCUUCACAUCCCCCUCCCGUCGCCUUCACUUCCCCCUCCCGUCGCCUCGACAUCCCCCUCCCGUCGCCUUCACUUCCCCCUCCCAUCGCCAUCACAUCCCCCUCCCGUCGCCUUCACAUCCCCCUCCCGUCGCCAUCACAUCCCCCUCCCGUCGCCUUCAGAUCCCCCUCCCGUCGCCUACCCAUCCCCCUCCCGUCGCCUUCACAUCCCCCUCCCGUCGCCCUCACUUCCCCCUCCCGUCGCCUUCACUUCCCCCUCUCCCCCCCAAGCCCCCGCCCACUCUUCCUCCGGUUGACGCUUCACUUGCGCCUACGCAUCUGCACCCAUGCGCCCCCUUUCCUCACUCCCAACAUCCCCUAUCCACCCCCGCCUCCGCCCCUUCCCCUGCAGUCGCUGGUUCACUUGCGCACUCCUUUAGCUCUCUCCCAAGCAGCAGUAUCCCUCUCACACCACCACCUCUCUACUGCUGCUGACCCUGACGCCCUUGUGUUACACCUCGCCCACUCCUGUCCCCACACGUCCGCUCAUCCAUCUCAUCUCAUCCACUCUCCCCCCCUGCUACACAUCUCAUCCACUCUCCCCCCCUGCUACACAUCUCAUCCACUCUCCCCCCCUGCUACACAUCUCAUCCACUCUCCCCCCCUGCUACACAUCUCAUCCACUCUCCCCCCCUGCUACACAUCUCAUCCACUCUCCCCCCCUGCUACACAUCUCAUCCACUCUCCCCCCCUGCUACACAUCUCAUCCACUCUCCCCCCCUGCUACACAUCUCAUCCACUCUCCCCCCCUGCUACACAUCUCAUCCACUCUCCCCCCCUGCUACACAUCUCAUCCACUCUCCCCCCCUGCUACCCAUCUCAUCCCCUCUCCCCCCCUGCUACCCAUCUCAUCCACUCUCCCCCCCUGCUACCCAUCUCAUCCCCUCUUCCCCCCUGUUACCCAUCUCUUCCACUCUCAGGAUGCGGGCACAAGAUAAAAGGGCCAGGGUUGGUGCAUGCUCCUCGCUUCCCCCCUGCUCACUCUCUUCAGCCCACUCUCUCCCUUUCUCACCCAUUUGGGUGGAGGGAUACUGACAAGGGGUUCCUCCACCUCCCCCCCUUGCUGAUUCUGCCACACGUUUUCCCCAAUUCGCCCCCUUCCUCCACGCCAACCCCUCCUUUUCUCCCACACAAGUCCUCCUCUGCCCCCACGCCAACCCCUCCUUUUCCCCCACACUAG